UACAGUCAGUCAUGGCGUGUGUCUGUGCUGUGGUCAGAACAAACCUAGACAAGCAGGCUAUAACUGGUGACUUUCUGAAUCAGCUAUCCACGUAUCUAGUAGACCUGUUGAAGUCAAAUUUACAGAAUACAGUUCUGGAGGUUGAGACUGGCGUGGCGAUGUUACGAGCCGGAACUGCAGACCCUGUCGUGAACAUCAGUCUGCAUCAUAACUGUGACGACCUGACGAAACAGACGAAACAACACCUGGCGGGAAGAAUGGCCGAGUUCAUAGCGCAUAGAUUACCUGUUCAAACAGACAGGGUAUUGGUACUGUUUGUCGAUACAAGGAAAUGCUGAAAGAAAGAAGAUAAGCCAGAUUGUCUUUUAAAGAGGAAACAACGAACAUUUACUUGUGCCACGUUACAGUAUUAUGAGUGUUACGUGCACACUGAUACCUCGCUGUCAUCUGUCUUUUGUGCUGAGCGAUGUCUCGUCAGGAAACAAACUUAAUUUGGCUACACAUGUAACAAACCCUAUUUGUGAUAUUGAUCAAAAUGUAUAAAUAGAUGA